UGUCCUUGGUUCUGAGCUAGGUGGUGACAUGAAAUAUAAAGGGUGGGUCCUUCUCACCAGUCAUCACAUAGCAGGUCUCUUUUUACCCCCCAGUGCCAUCUCUGUCACCUUCCUGCUGGGAACAAAUCCCACCUUCCUAGAUACAUGAAAUUAUGGGCAAUACAGGGCCCCUCUGGGUUUUGGUUCACAAAGGGAAACAUGCUCCUGGGUUUGGGGACCCCAGAGUCCUUGGUGGUGCUGACAGCCCCACCUCCAGGACAAGGAGAGGUCAUAGCUGGGGGUGAGCUGAUCUUCUCUGAACAAGGUCUCCAAAAAGCCUUGCUCCUCAAAGUGUGGUCUGGGUGUUGAAAGGUCACACAGGGAAAGAGGAAGAGGGCACAGGAAGUAGCCUUGAAAGGGGAAGUGACAGAGAAUCUUCCUGGACAGAGACCCUGCUCCCAGCCUAUGGGAUAUUAGGAAGUACUCCUGCCCUGGGAGGAAGCUCAGCCCACAGAGAGGAAGGACAGCAGAGCUGACCCACCCAAGCAGUUGUGCUUUGGAGCCAUUCUGGAGACGAAGCUCCCCCCCACAGACGGAGUACAGAGCAGGCAGCAGAGACCAUGGAGACACCCUCAGUCUCUCCCAACAGAUGUGUGUCCCCUGGCAGGGGCACCUGCUCACAGCCUCACUUUUAACCUUCUGGAACCCACCCACCACUGCCCAACUCACUAGUGAAUCAGUGCCCUUCAAUGCUGCAAAAGGGUGGGAUUUUCUAUUUUAUGAAGAAGCAUCUGGACAGUUCCACAUAUACCAAGAAAAUACCCCAGUUCUCCCUGCAGGGGUCAUUGCUGGUAUAGUGGCCGGGGUCUUGGUUAGGGUGGCUCUUGUCAUCACCCAGGGGCUUUCCCUGCUCUUCACAAGAGCUGCAAGGUACCAAGACUGAUCUCCUGACUUCUCACCAACCCUUCCCUCUCACUCCACUCAGCUCCUCCAUCACCAGCUCUGACCCGCAGCUGCUUCCUCAACAGUUUUUACAUCAAUAAAAUAAAUCGGGCAUAACUAGAGAUGUGCACCCUCAGCACGGCCCUCGUUCCCACACUGCAAACCUGCAGUCUCUCUGGGAGGUGGUCAGCGCUCAGAAAUCAGUACCUCCUGCUGUUUAUUCCAGCCAUCUCACCCGGCUGGGAGGGGUCACAACUUGGCAUCUGAGGAGUGGACCUGGCCAAGGUUACACAGGGCAAGUGUAAGAGCCGCCACAGUCUGGCCAGGGUCAGAAGUCCCCAAGGCUGCCGCAUUACCCAUGGCCCCAGUAUGCGAGAUGGGAGUGCCAGGGCCCAGACAGUGCAGUGUAUCCUGGGAGGUUCUCUUUGACUCUUGCUGAGGUAGAUAAAUAGAGAUGUCAGAGCUAUUGUCACAUUUCGGCACCUCCUGGCCUGAUCAAAGGCUCUGGCCACAGCCAAGACACCAAAAUAAGGAGAAUCAAGAUGCCUGAGGCUCCCCAGGUCCUGUCCACAUGGCUAGCCUUGCUCUCCCUCCCAGGGCUAGGACCUGUCCACUCAGGCAAAGCUUCAUUGGUUGAUUCCUUUCCAUGGUCCUCAGUCCCAUUCCUGUGUCCCUGGAUGACUGCCCUCCUGAAGCAACUUCCUUCAGGCCCAAGUCAGAAGUGCCUGCCUAGGGCCUUUCCUCAGCUGGCCCUCUCCUGGGACACCCUCCCCUCACCCCACCAACUAGUGGAGAAAGGAGGUCUCUACCCUCUCAGCAGAAAAGAGACUCCUCCAUAUUCCCUCUCUGGCCAUGAUGCUGCGACCUCUCCCUGCAUUCUCAUGAAUAAGUUUGGCCUUUCUUAGAUCCAGUGUCCAACACAAGCUCUAAGAGCACCAGCCCCAAGUGUCCACCCCAGGUGAAGCCCCUUCAGCCUAGGUGUGGCUGGGAGCUCAGGCCUGCCCUCCAGUGUCCACUCCUAUAGUCAUCACUGGGGUCAGGCCCUUCCCCAGCAGGCCUCUUCCCUCUGCACAGGGGACCUCAACUGCCAGGUCAGCCUGGACCUGUGGGAUCCAGGUCAUGGUCACCUCCUGGGCUUCACUUGCUCUCUUGCUUCAAAAUGUCUCAAGGGCCUCUGUCUGGAAAAUACUCCAUCUACCCUGACGCCCUGAAAGCUGAGGACCCCCAGGCCUCCUGCAGGAGGGGCCCAGGCCUCCUCUACCCUCCUGCUAACUCCUGUCUCUAUCUCCAGGCCACAGACCCUCUGAAAGUCCUGCCUCCCUGGUAAGCCCACCCCACCCGCUUCACAGGGCUGAAGCUGUGCAGGCUCAGGGCAGGGGCUCUGUCAGCCCUGCCCUCCUCCACAUGGCCAGGACAAGGUUAGCCCAGCCCUGACCAUGUGCUGGGGCCUCCUCAGGGCCAAGAGCAGCCUUGUCCUCUCCUGAGUCCACCCUGGUCUCUCUGUCUGGCUGAGGAGGCCCUGGAGUCCAGCAGGUGCACAGUGAGCAUCAGUCAGGGGUCCCAGGAUAAUGAGGAUACAGGACCAGCACAGCCAGGACAGGA